GACGCAAGGGGUUGAACAUUUUUUAUCCAAGCAUUGCUCUGUGCGGAAAAAUUAAAAUCCUCCCAAACCCAUCUCUCUUCAUGUCUCUCCCCGUUAUGAUUCCGCCAUUGUCUUCUUUUCCCUUAUCUCUCUAUCUCUCACCUUAUCUCUGUUGCAACUUCUACUGCAAGAGAGCUAAUUCAUUGAUGCAACGCAAAAUUGGAAAGAAGGUAGGAAUUGUUUUUUAGUCUGGACCAAGGUGUAGAGUUGGGAUAAGGAUGAAGAUGUGGGUGGUUGGAAUUUUUGGUGUGCGUGUAGUGUGAACUGCUCGGGGCAGAGCAGGACAGAACAAGACGGGGCAACAAAGGUAAUCCAUGCCUGCUCUAUUUUAGUUGAGGAUCGGGGAUGGGAUUAGGUGCUAACCCCUAUAAGGGUUAGCAUCGUGAUAACUAGUAAAAAUCACUACGAAUUAUUAUAAAAUCAAUACAACAUCUAAGCUAAAUCACUACUAAUUCAAACUAGUAGUAGUUUUUCCCUUGGUUAGAACGGUGUUAACUAUUGUACAAUUAGCACCGUAACCCCUCCCUUGUGGAUCGUAUCAAGAUUCACCCUAUUUUAGUGGGUCUUAUUCACUCCAAUACAAAUCAUAUCAAGAACUACGAAUCAGAUCAAUAUAUAUCUAUUAGAGUGAAUCUCAAUUGGCAUUCAUAGCUGGCCAAGUCUAGACGUGUCCAUUUGAGGCAGCAAUUUAAAAUCUACAAAUAUAUUAAAGUCGAGUUGGGGCAGUUUUUCAGCAUGACUUCAAUCUCGGGAUUCAAACCAUGGUCUUUCCAAAUUAAGACAACAAUCAUUACCAAUUAUGCUAAAUAAAUUAUUUGUAUAUUUUUAAGUAAAAAAUCUGAACACCUGAAAUCUAAAAAUCAUACAACUUUUCACUACUGUUAGCUAGCCAACUAACUUUCACGUACGUACUUUCUUUGUUAUUUGAUAUUUGAAUUUUUCAUAUUUUAAUUAUUUGAAUUUGAGUUUAAUAAUAAAUUUAAUUUAUGUUUAUCUUAUAAAUAGAGGAUAAUUUUAAAAUUGAAACCCAAAUAUCAUUGAUUCGAAUAUUACAUAUUGAAUUGCAGUAUUGAAUGUGUAGAUGCGAUGUAGAAUUCUUAACUUGGUAUUAAUUUUUAGAACUAUAAAAAAAUGAUAUUGUUAUGCAAAAUGUAAGUGACCAGCUUUUUAAAAAUUUUAGUUUGGUUUAAUGUUAAUUCCUCACUCUCUUGAUAAUAUGGCAUGAUUGGACAAAUGAGUGACUUUAAAAGAACACAAUUUCUGAAUACUAAUUUUUCUAGAUGAUUUCAAUUAUUUAAUAUUUUAUCUUAUAUAAUAAUUGACCAUAGGUAUCAUUUAUAGUUAAUUAGUUUAAUAUAAAAUAACCGCAAUACAAGACAAAUUAUGAAAGUUGAGCUGGAGUUUUCAUGGAUGCAUUGAUGUCAUCAUGUGCAUUAGCAAGGUAGGUACCACAAGAUAUGUUUAAUUUUUUUGUUGAGCGAAUAAGAUUGUACUUCAACUAAAUUUAGAGUAUGUUUGUUGAUAAAUAAUUUUUUCAUUGCAUAGAGUAUGGACGGAAAAUGUUAUUUUCUUACUAAUUUUGUUAUUGUAUUGUGCAGAAUACUUUAAGGGUUUAGAUACUAUUAUAUACUAUCUUAUAAUCCGGCUCGUUGGCCGGAAUGUUCGUAUUUUUUGAGUAUUUAUAUUUUUAUGUUAUGUUUAACUUUAUCAAUCCAUUUAAUUUUUUGUAUAAUGUUUCGAUCGAGAUGAUACAUAAAAAAUGAAUGUAUAGGUCGAACAUUUGAAGAAAUACCAUCAUCAUUUAAGAAUAUAAAAUAUAAAAAUAUAUCCUUAAUCCGAUUUCAUAAUGAUAAUUAGGCCCCCGUUAAAAUGCUAUUGGUUAAUUGAUUGUCAGAAAAGAUAGAGUAUAAAAGCUUACUGGAAUCCCCACACGACCUAUAGAUAAUUGGAAACUAAAAUCUACAAUCCUACAUAAAGAUUUCAAUGCUCUCCUUUUAGAAACAACAUGUCACUAAUAAAAAAGAAAUAGAGAGUUAUUGGUUCAAGUCAACCAAAUAGUAACAACUCGGCUAAAAGGGGACCAUCAAAACUUGAGAGCAAAUGACAUAAUUAUGGUUAGCUCCAACUUACUAAUAGACUCGAUUAAAGUAAUAAGGCACAAAGUUAGACACUCCGUAUCUACCAGUUCCAGUAGAUUGAAUAGAGAAUCUACCUUAAUUCCAGUAAAUCAAUCAAUGAUUCCUCAUUUUAAGAUAUACAUAGGUUGUGGUAGAUGCAACAACGAUAAACCUAAAGGUUCAAUAGCCACCACUCUCCGUUGUACAACCAAUUUUUUAUUCCCUCCAUCUUCAAUCUCAAGAGGCAUCUGUUUCAACCCAAAAUAAUUCACUUUUUGUUCCUCCUCAUGCAACUCUUAUUUUGCUACUUUGAUGGAGUUUCUCUCUGUGGCCCUCAAUUUCUCUUCAAAUUGGGGUUCUUGUCAACUCUCUUCAACUCUUCAUUCCUCUUCUUAUAUUUGACCAACUCAUCCUCCUUAGGGGCACUUGUAAUAAGCUCGUUAAAACCAAGCCUCAUCUCCUCCUUGAUUGCCUUCACCUGCUCGAGUUCACUUCCAUGCCCUUCAAUACCCUCUCCAUUUUCAUUAAUAUCCUAAUCAUCUCUCGCUUCUCCCUCUUCAACUACUCCAGUUUUCUUCCAUGCCUUUCAAUACCCUCCUCAAUUCGAUCACUACCCUCAACUCCCUCUUCUCUGUCUUUACUUGAUGUAGUUGAACUUUACUUGCUACCAAAUCCAAACAUAAUUUCUUCCCCCACCACUUCCCUUCCCAAACCUAAUCCCAACUCUUCUACUCCAAGUUCAACACCUCCACCUCUCAGAGUACUGUUGCGUGGAGGCUUAAUUUUAGCAAUCAUUAUGACUUGCAAUUAUAUUGAUGGACACUAAAAGCAUCGAUAAAAUCAACAGUGUCUAACUAAUCAUAAAACAAUAUCAAAAUUUAUCGGUGAGCUGGAUCAUAAUAAUCGACAUUGAUGAAAAAUAUGGUUGCAGAGAACAUGAGCAUGACAAAAUAAAACCUGAGCAUAAAUGUUGUAAUUGGAAAGAAUUUUUUAAUGGUAAACUUAUUUUAUUAUUUCAAUAGCUAAGCAAAAAAAAAAAAAAAGCAAACAAACAACCAAGAAAGUAGAUAUGGUGCUAGAAAAUCACAAUUGCCUCUAUUCUACACACAAAUCUAGCACCCAAACCACCGUUCAAAUUCCUUUCCUAUAUUUUAUAAAUUAAUCACAAGCAACUUAGAUAAAUUUGGAAAGAAAUAAUAGCCUACCAGUUCAACUCAAUGAACCUUCUAUGAAGAUAGAAAACUCAUUGAAGUUGAAACCUAAGAAUAGAAAGAGGAGCAACGACGCAAGAGAUCCAUCGGGCUUUAAACUCGUAUUAGGCAAUAUGAUCAAAAGAAAUAGAUAAUUUGCAUUUUCUGCUCAUGAGACACCCUGAAAAUAAAAGUUGUUUUGUUAUUACUAAGAAAGAUAAAACCAUGAGACUAAGAGAAGAAAAGAAUGACUUACAUAUGUGAAGCGAUUAACCUUGGACGAAGACCAAAAACCCAUUCAAGUUCAUAGUUUGGUAUAGGAAGAGGAGUAAAGGAGGAAGAUAUAACUGAUCAAACAUCGUUCAGCAAUAGAAGCAGCAAAAUGGUUCUUCUAGUAGUUCAUCGAUAUGGGAAAGAUGGAACCAUAGAGAGUUGAAAUCUCCUACUUGCCCAACUUCAAUCUCCAACAAUCAAACUGUAGCUCUAAGAGAUACCAGAAGAUUGAUUUUCAUAGGCGACAUUGUAGUGGGAAGUGGAAGGGAGCAAACUAUUGCACUAUGGGGGGAAUUUUAUAGGAGCUUAGAAAGGGAUAUGAACAAAGAUAAAAAAGUGCCAAAAAUAUUUUAAAUUAAAAACAUGCAAGGACACAACACAGUAAAUUAAAUAACUUCUUCCAUGUUACCUUAGCAAAAAUUAAGAAGAGAGUAGAUAUUUUUAAAAUGGAGAAAGUUAGAUGAAACUCUACUAUGAAAAUCGAUGUAUCAAGCACUAUAAAUAUACUUACAGCAGACUUAGUGGGCUAGCUAAUCAUGAUGGAAAAGUCCUCCGGUUUUCAGAGUUUAACUUCGUCAAUAGUUUGUAUUCAAAAAUUAAAGUUACAAUAAUUUGUUUAGUGUAAUUGAUUACGUUUGUUGUCUUUGUUUAAAGGGACUCGGGUUUGAAUCUUGGUAUUGAUGAUUUUUAUAUAUGAAUAUAUGAAUUAAUUAAAAAUUGUAAAGACUAAAAUGUCUUUCCUACUUUCACUCUCAUUGCAGGAAAUUUGAAAUGGAGAAAAGUACACAAAACUCUACCAUAUAUUAUUGGAGUAUGUAUUGUUUCUCAAGCCUAGGAAAUAAAUAUUGAAUAAAGGUUAUGAUCACGGGUUUCUUAUUUAUGCUACGCUUUUUUAGAAAAACUCUUUUUUUGUUAUGUCAAUUUUUUUCCAGGGUGACUACAUCAUUAAAUUGACAAGUUAUGAAUGAUUAUUCACGAGUAUUAUAACCAAGGUUGUUACGCCUCUACCGAACGGCUGGUUGGACUAGGUCCGACCAAAGUCGUGUUCCAAAACCGGCUAUACAAAACCAAGUGUCUGAUCGUUAGAGAUGGAGAAGAAGAGAGGGAACGGGGAGAGAGGCAAGAGGAUGGUGGGUGGAUCUUGAAAUAAGUAUAUUUUCUUAUGGAAUUUGAGUUUUUAAUAGAUUUAAGUUAUUACAUUCCAUUUCAGUCACUAAAUUUCUAUCUUAUAUGUAAAUAUAUUUAGAAAAGGUGUAAAUCGGCUCAAUCAGGUUGGAACUCAAUCAAACCAUUAAACUUCAAACUACUUGCUUGACCGGCUCAACAACUUGAAUCGGUUUGACAACUUUGGUUAUAACAAUUAAGCUUACAAUGUUCAUCAUUGAUGAAAAGUAAUAAGAAUUUCGAAAAUGGAAAAAUAAUUUUGAUGUCACCUAUAUGUCAUACGAAAUUUAGUAUUUCAAUUAAUUUAAAUUUUUUAAAUACACAUCAUACAUAUAUGGUAUUCAAUCAUAUUCCGACGAACAAGUUAGACAACAAGCUAGUUGUAAUGAUAUAGACCGUAGGCAAUUUAUAACCGCACGUCACUGAGAAGGCAAAAAUAACAAUACGGGCCUAGGGCAACGUUCCACAAGCCCAUAUCAUCCAUUAGCCCACUUUACGGGUCAGCCCAAAUAGACUGGUUACGGUCUCCCUCCCAGCCUAUCGCUCAUUCCCUCCUCUCCCAAUUAGAAACUGUUUCAGGGUUCAGUUUCAACAUGCUUCCAGCCUCCAGGCCUUCCAUGUCCGCUUUCGUCCAAAGUCGGAAUCUUUCUGUAAAUCUUCAAUGCAAUUUGGUACUCCCUCCAUUUGGGUUUGUUUCCUAUCUGAUUCUUUCUUAGACUCAGCAACCUAAAUAUCCCUGAAAUGCUGCUGAGGAGCUUCCAAACAUCGGGAAAUAAAGCCGUCGCAGGUCUUUCAUGGCUGCCCGGAAGGUGUUUCUCUAUUUCCAGCUCUUCCGUGCUCGAUGCUGCCGCCAAAGAUGGAAAAUUGAAUGUUUUCAUCGUCUCCGGAGAAGUCUCGGGGGACGCCAUCGGUUCUCGCCUCAUGGCUUCCCUGAAAAAGCUCUCACCUUUACCCAUCCGUUUCUCCGGCGUCGGCGGGUCCAUGAUGUGCAAAGAGGGUUUGGAACCUCUAUUCCCGAUGGAAGACAUCUCAGUGAUGGGGCUGUGGGAAUUGCUACCACAUUUGAAUAAGUUUAGGGUGAGGUUGAAAGAAACAGUUGAUGCUGCUGUUCAGUUUAGGCCUCACUGUGUAGUUACUGUGGAUUCCAAGGGGUUCUCUUUUCGGUUUCUGAAGCAGCUAAGGGCUAGAAAUGCCGGGGAAGGAAGUCCGGUGCACUUCCAUUAUGUUGCGCCAUCAUUCUGGGCUUGGAAAGGGGGCGAAGCGAGAUUGAAGGGCCUGAUUGAAUUUGUGGAUCAUGUGUUCUGUAUACUUCCAAAUGAAGCAGCAGUUUGUCAGCACAAUGGACUGCCAGCAACUUUUGUAGGACACCCAGUUCUUGAAGAUCUACUGGAGCUGAACUCGGGAAAGCAGUCCUCCCUAUGUGAAUGGAAGAUACAGGGCAACCCUGACAAUUUUCGGAGCAGAUUUGGUGUAUCGUCUGGUGCGGAUGUCAUUUCCUUGCUUCCUGGAAGCCGAUUACAAGAAGUUACUCGGAUGCUUCCCAUUUUUAGGGUGGCUGUCAACAAACUCAAACAUUCGCUUCUUGACUUACUCACAGUCAUUCAUGUGGCACCUAAUCAGGACGUUGAAGAUUUCAUUGGUAGAAUCCUUCACGAGUGGCCUGCACCUGUUGUUUUGGUUCCAGGAGGAGAUCCCGUUCUCAAAUAUGAUGCAUUCAGUGCCAGCAAAGUAGCAUUGUGCACUUCUGGAACAGUGGCAGUGGAGUUGCAGCUCGCACGCCUACCAUGUGCAGUUGCAUAUAGAGCCCAUAUCCUUACCGAAUGGUUCAUUCGGUACAAGGCGAAGAUACCAUACAUCUCACUGCCUAAUAUACUCAUGGAUGCUCCUGUCAUCCCUGAAUCUCUAUUCCAAUCAUGCACACCAACCAAUCUAGCUGGGUUACUUGGGGAGCUCAUGGUAAGUAAUGAACGUCGGCAGGAACAGAUUGUCAUUGCUGAGAAGGUACUCAGGCUUCUGUUUCCUUCUGAAAUAGUAGGAAAACCAUUGGGCGGAGGGGAUGGUGAAAUGAACUUCCCACAUUGUACCCCAAGCUUGGUCGCUGCAUCCACCAUCCUAAGCCAUGGGAAAUGAUAUCUGCUCUUCAGACCAAUCACUUAAUUAUGUAGCAGGGCUCAGUUUGUGUUGGUGAUUAAAAUAUAUGUGCCAUUUUCUCACAAUUUGGUAAUGCUCCAUGGUUUUAAAUAGCCACUUGAUGGAUGGGCACAUUCUGCAGUGUACUUGAUGGGUUAACUGAUUAGAAUUAUGCAAUGGUAUGGUUCCAGAAUAUGAAAUGUCUGGUUGCGUCUUCGGAUGAACCGCCUGCAUUAUAACUCCGAUCUCACAGCUACAAAUCCGUUAGGAUUUUAAGAGGCAGGCACAAUAAGGUAAACAUAAUACA